AUGGAGCCUGUUGCAAAGGAGAAGUUCUUCAUUGUGAUCCGCGGAAAGUCCAGGAAAGGCUUUUGCAGAGGGGGCAUCGGGCGCAUCGAGGGUGAGCUGCAGAAUGGAGAGCUGAUGGCCCUGCUGUUCUGUGGAAAUGGCAACAACGGCCACACCAAGACCAGAGGCAUCGUGAAGAGAGAGGACACGUACCCCCUGACACGCCACCAGGCUCAGCUGCUGCUCUUUGUCUCCUCCACAAGCAAACGGCUGGAACUCCUCUGCAACCCCCAGCUCUUCUCUGCCAUCUGCGGAAUCUCGCACGAGGACCUUGUGGUGGUCAAGCACAGGAGCGGACAUGUGCCUGGACUGGUGAAGAACCUCAUGCAGAUCGGGAGGAAUGACAGCCAGCAGGAGCUCUACAUGCUCGGCUUUGAGGUGGAGAUACUGGACGCGGACCAUAAUAUUCCCGCUAAGAAAGCCAUUCCUCCGCCGCUGUUCAGUGCAGCAGACAUUGUACAGGUUGUCCCGUCACAGUCUGUCCCACUCGGAGUGCAGUGGAAGGAAGGUCAACACCAGAGGCCAGUCAACCGCAUCAACUCUCUGCCACGUUCAAAAGCAGUCAAUAAACCUGAAAGCUGCCCCCCAGUUCCCCUGGAGGUGGGCUCUCUGGUGGAGGUCCAGUCCAACUCUGGAGUGACCGUGUAUGGGGUCAUUCGCUGGACAGGUUCUCUCGAGGGGAAGACCGGUGAAUGGGCUGGUAUUGAAUUAGACUAUGACAUCAAAGGCUGUUCUGAUGGAACUUAUGGAGGGAAGAGGUUUUUCACCUGCUCUGGAAACAAGGCCCUGUUCCUCCCCAAGACAAAGUGCUCUCCUGACGCCCGCUUUGGCUCAAGUGCAGAGAGCGUGGACUUCAGGACAGAAAAACAAACAGUUCCUGACUUUGAAGAGUCUGAGGAUCAUGCAGCUCCUCUUACAGAAACGGAAGCUUUGUCUGUUCUUGUUGGAAAGAUGAAGGGGAUCCAGGGCCACAUCAACUCCUGUUACCUCGAUGCUACGCUCUUCAGUUUGUUCUGCUCGUCGCUGGUUCUGGACCGACUCUUUCAGAGGCCACUUGACAUAGAGCCACCGACAACAUGCACAUUGAGGAAAAUCAUCAACCGUUUACGCAGGCAAGGAUUUGUGCCUGCCGAGAGUGUGAUGAGUUUUCGAAAACAGCUUGGAUGCGAUUCCUUCAGCACAGAAGAAAAAGACCCAGAGGAGUUCAUGACCGUGCUUUUUCAGAAGGUGCUGUGCAUUGAGCCUUUGCUUAAACUCAGAUCCAGAGGGGAGACGUACCAGGAUACAUACACUUUCCAGAUAUUUUUGGAAAAAGAGCAGAUGGGCCCCAUGCCAACAGUCCAGCAGCUCCUGGACACGUCCUGUUUGUCCAAUGAUCUAAAGUUUGACACGACGCCGUCAUGUUUGCUGAUACAGACGCCCAGGUUCGGCAGCAAAUACAGGAUGUUUUCCCACAUCAUUCCCUCGGUUGAGCUCGACAUCACAGAUCUUCUUUAUAAUUGUCCGAGGGAAUGCUUUCUUUGCGGGUGCUUGGCAGAGUUUGAGUGUCUGCAGUACGUGUCUCCCCGAACCAAACAAGUGCACACCCAUCCCACAAGACAAAGCCAUUCUCCAAAACCGCUGCUGGUCUCAACAACUGUGCCCACCGAUGCUCCGUUGCCGAGACACACCAUGCAACUAUUUGCAGUUCUGUGCAUUCAAACCAGCCAUUACGUGUCUUUUGUCAACUGUGGCUCGGACUCCAAGUCAUGGAUCUUCUUCGACAGCAUGGCGGACCGAUGCGGUAAUGAUCAGAGCGGCUACAACAUUCCAGAGAUCCGCGCGUGUCCAGAGCUGGGUGACUUUUUAUCUAAGUCAGAGGAGGAGCUGGCGUGCACCGACCUCUCACAGGAACCUGAACUUGUGCGCAGGCUGUUGUGUGACUCUUACAUGCUGUUUUACCAGAGCCCAGUCAAAGCACCCCCUCUGCUCCUGCAGCAACAGCAGCAACUGUCACCAUGA